CCACCAAAGGAUAGCAUACUAUGUCUAUUCAUGAUCAGCAGGUGAAAUAAUAUAUAUAUAUUGUAUACUUAUUUUCCCUCAGCAAGGAAUCAUGUCGUUAGUAAAUUACGAAUCAGACGAAGAGAAAGAAGCUCAGGAUAUAGAGAAUGAGGAAUCAUUAUGGGCACCAUCAGAAAUGAAUAAUUGGCGUUUCCCUUCGUCACCAAAAGGAGAUAGUGAUAGCUUCUUGGAGAAAAAAAUAAAACAAUUCUUAGAAUUGAAAAGGAAAAAUGUGCACUUCCAUGCUCGCCUUGUGGAAAAUGAGAAUUUCUUAAAUCCUCAGUUGUUAGAUACUCUGCAAGAGUAUGCGGGUAUAUCUAAUCCUAUGGCAUCCAUGAUGCCUUCCGCUACUUGGAUACCUCAAUGUCUUCCCAACUCAGCCUAUGCGAAAUCGCUACGAGAGGCACAAGAGGAUUUAAUCAGAAAGCGAGAGGAAAACCAGAAAAAUCGAACCGAAAUCGCCUUUCAAAAGUCUUCAGCAUAAAAUUAACACAGUGUAAUUGGUUAUAGGUAUUAUUUCUUCAUUUUUCUCACUUUAAUUCAAUUUCUUUAUCGCAAGACUACAUGACUCAAUGUAUGAUGCCUUCUUAGUAUCAAUGUCUUUAUUCCGUUUCUAUAUUCUAUAAACCCAAAAAAAAGGCUGGACGAUUGAUGCUUGUAUAUCUAUCAAAAUCCAAGUGGAACCAAGGUCAUCAUGAAUAUGAUUAAUAAAUAUUAUUGAUCAAAAAACUAGAAGAGGAUUUUUAUUUUACAAACAGAAAAAAAAUUCAUAUUUCCUUUCAGAUGACAUUCUUCCUAAUGUACCUGUAAUGCAGUGUUUUUCAUUAUUAUAAUCUUCAAAAUGUC